AUGACUUCUAUAGCUACGUCGCCAUCUGUUUCUGACCCGGUUAACAAGCCUAACGAUCAGUUUGAGGAACUAAAUUCUGAGAAGUUUUACCAUCACCCGGUCUGGGCACAACGCUGGUACCACCCCGAGCUCACUCAAGAGGCCUCCGCAAAAUGGUUGCAGGAGCCAUGGUUCAAUAAUGCGGCUAAUCGCCGUAGCCGCCAGUUCUUAGCUCAGCGAUCUCCACGCUAUUUCCCUUGGGGGUUUAUUAUCUAUCGAACAGUCUACACGCCUGAGUCUGAGGAAUUGUGGCCAAUCGUCAUGGAAAGAAUGGCCCACCAGCUAAAGAGGGGGAUUAGGGGUGAAUUGGACCAUCCCAGGGAGCUCGAUGGGGAUGAAACCCGCCCUGAGCAACUGAUAGAAGAAUCACAUAAGGAUGUGAUUAUUUCUGACCCGAAUCGCUGGGGUAGUGCUAGCAUUGAGCAAAUCCGCGGCCAUUUUGCCAAAUAUCUGCGUAAGAUUAAGCACGAGGAUUGUAGCGAGAAAUCUCGCUUUGCCUCCUGUCUCGUGAUUGAUGAGAGAUCAUUGAAAUCGAUUGCGAAGGGUGAACGGAACGGGUUUGUUGGGGUAGUUGAUGCACGGUACAAUCCCGAAGAAAGGUACGAUAAGGCUUCUUACCGCGGUUUUAUGAGGGUGCAAAUCAAGGCCUUAUGGGAGCUCUAUAUAAACUAUGAUUGGGAUACCAUGUCGGCGCUGUGUCCGAAUUAUUCAGAUGGAUGGAUUCCUGUUUACAAUGGCUGCUAUGGGACGGUGCAGGACGAAGAUGGGAAUGAAUAUCCCGAGAACUAUGCACUGAAACGCCCUCAAGCAUUAGCUGGACGAGGACGUGGGUGA